UAACAGUUCAAAACCUAACCCUCCUCAUAAUUAGUCUUUACAUUUCAAAAUCUCACUUGCUUCUCCACAUUCAUCUGCUCUCAUGGCUCAUUCCAUCUUCUUCUUCUCUCUCUUCCUCUUUCUCUUCUCCAACUCGCCGGCAGAUGCAGAUUCGUUUAUCGGAGUAAACUACGGCUUACUCGCCGACAACCUCCCCUCACCGUCUGAUGCAGCCAAGCUCAUCCAGUCCAGCUCCAUUCAAAAAGUGAGGCUAUACGGCGCAGAUCCCACCAUCAUCAAGUCCUUAGCCGGAACCGGCGUCGGAAUCGUCAUUGGAGUAGCCAACGGAGAUCUCCCAUCCCUCGCCUCCGAUCUCAACGUCGCCUCUCAGUGGAUCGGCACCAACGUCCUCCCUUUCUAUCCCGCCUCCGACAUCGUCCUCAUCAAUGUCGGCAACGAGAUUCUGUUGUCGAAUGAUCUGAACCUGGUAAGCCAGCUUCUUCCGGCGAUGCAAAAUGUCCAAAUGGCCCUUGAGGCGGUUUCACUCGGCGGGAAAAUCAAGGUGUCUACGGUUCAUGCCAUGACGGUGCUGGGCCAAUCUGACCCGCCAUCGGCUGGUUCGUUUGCUCCCGGUUAUCAGGCCGGUUUAAAAGGCAUCUUACAGUUUCUUAGCGAAACCGGGUCGCCUUUUGUCAUCAACCCGUACCCGUUCUUUGCGUACCUGGGUGACCAGAGGCCUGAAACGCUGUCGUUUUGCCUCUUCCAGCCUAACCCUGGACGUGUCGACUCCAAUACCGGAAUCAAGUACAUGAACAUGUUUGAUGCUCAGGUUGAUGCGGUGCACUCAGCUUUGAAAUCGAUGGGAUUUGAGAACGUGGAAGUGGUGGUGGCAGAAACAGGCUGGCCAACGAGCGGUGAUAGUAACGUGGUUGGUCCCAGUGUUGAGAACGCGCAGACUUACAAUGGGAACCUAAUCGCUCAUUUAAGGUCUAUGGUUGGGACUCCCUUAAGACCCGGCAAACCCAUCGACACUUAUAUUUUCGCUCUCUUUGACGAGAACCUCAAGCCAGGUCCUUCCUUCGAGCGAUCUUUUGGCCUUUUCAAGCCUGAUCUUACCAUGGCCUACGACAUUGGUCUCACUAAAACUAGUAGUAGUGGUAGUCAGACGUCACAGUCUCCACCGUUGGGAAAAUCAGCAACAUCAGUGGGAUGGUGUGUGCCAAAGGAGGAUGCGACUGAGGAGCAAUUGCAAGCAAGUCUAGAUUGGGUUUGUGGACAGGGAAUUGAUUGUGGUCCGAUAACGCCAGGAGGGGUGUGUUUUGAGCCUAACAAUGUCAUGUCUCAUACAGCCUAUGCUAUGAACUUGUAUUUCCAAAAAUCUCCUGAAAACCCUACGGAUUGCGAUUUCUCUCAAACUGCAAGGAUUACAUCCAAUAACCCUAGUUAUAGCAAUUGCGUUUACCCAAGAGCAGGAUGGUCUGGAGAUGAAAGCCUAGGAGGAGCGAUGAAUAAAUAUGUGACUUCAGACAAAGCAAUAGAGACGAAUGGAUCAGAAUGCUCCUCCUCUUUUCUGUCUUUGCCUCUCUUUAUGAUCAUCUUUUUCUUUGUUCUUCCACUUUCCCACCAUAUGAAUUUCUUGUAGUUGCCUUUAUUUAUUAGUCUUAAAACCUAAUUUUCUGCCCCUUUUCCAUCUAAUCAUUUUGUUUUUGUCCAUUAAUCAUCAGCCUUUUUUUAUAUAUAAUCAUUCGCAUUAUCCUUGUAGUAGAACAUG